AAGUCCAGUAUGGCAUCGAUGUCAAACCUUGAUGUUGAGAAGAAAAAACCCCCAGAUGAAGAUUUCACCGAUGAUGACAUAGAGAAGAAAGAUUGCAACGGGAGAGCAAUACCCAAUAUUGUUAUAGAGAGAGUUGCCUCCUUAGAUGAGGAUGUGAGUGUUACGUUGCCUGUCUUUUCCUUCACAUCUGUCACUGUAGUUUGGAUUCCACAGUAGUUGAACUGACCACAUUUUCCUGACUUGUGUUUUCCGUUGUUAGGCUCCAAUAUGUUAUGUUGACAAGAUAUGACUAAGUGUUCUCCCCAAUACAAACAGCAAAAUCAUGCCAUCUUUGACACGACUUCAUUGUUCUGCUAAUCUGCUGAAUGACUAAGCCUAAAUAGCUUUGAUCCAGACUAGCUAUGAUUAUAUCUCAUCUUCAGUCUGGCCUAACUAUGACUUGCAUCACCCCUGCCCAUUGUCCUUAUUACUCAUCCAUGUGUGUCCAUUCUAGGCUCUUCGAGAGCAAAGUAAAUAAUCAACAUAUCUCUUUCAUUUUAGACAAGUUCCAUGAAGUCUGAGUUGCGGAAGGAUUCCAAAAUACACCUGGAAGAGCCAACCAUGCAGAAGAGAGCUGGGAGUACAACUAGUGUUAUUUCCGACGCUGCCAUUGAAGGUUUGUACAACUACUACAACGAUAUCUACUUACUUUUCUUUCUUUUCUUUUUUUAACAUCAGACAUUGGUAUUCUAUUCCUUUGGUGACUUUUUCAUGUGAGGUAAUAUCGAGUACCAAAAUCAUCAUUUGUUACAUACUUUCAUUAAUUCCAAUUUUUUAAAAUAUAUAUAAAUUUAUAUUAAUAAUAUUACAAAUGUAAUGAUGCUCUUAAUAAAUAUUUGUCUUAUUACUAUGUAUACAGAGUUAUCCUAAAUUUGUAUGUCUGUAGGAUUAAUAACAUCAAAGCAUACAUUAAAAUCCUAACACAUCUAUACUGCCGGGCACACUCAUCGGGGGAGAAAUGAGGGGAUAAAGGGGUAUUCACUAAGCCCCCAAUGUAUAAAUUACUCAUCUCGAGGGUUCCAAAUUCUAUAAUACAAAUCUAGGUUUUCAAAAUUUGUGUAUACUGCUUUCUCCAUUAAUCGCUGAAAAUCCACCUGAAAUUUAACUUCGGACCAACGUGGAAUUUAUGAGGUCUUCCAACGUCUGGCAGUACAAAUUUUUGUAGCCGUUAGAAUCUGUAUUAUAAGCAUUUGUUAUGGUUUAUUUAUCUUAGGAAAGUCUAUACGUAUGAAAGAGGAAACUUUGAAUAGUUAGAGUAUAUGAUAAGCCCAACAGUUUUCCUUUUGCAUAUUUCAAAUUAUUUUUUAGCGAGGAUAGUUUUGUACAAUCCCACCAUAUAUGUUUUUGUGAACCACCUCCAACACUUGUUUUGACUAUUAUGGACAUUAUUUUGAAAUGUUGCACUUGUAUUAGGUACCAUAUACCAUUUGAAAGUAAUCGUUUUAAAGUUCUCAUAAAGUAAUAUGUUGUGUAUUGUGUUUUUAGUUAGUUUACAUGUUUUUAUCCAUUCUUCUUCCGAGAACAUAAAUCCCAUUUCCUGUUCCCAUUUGAUGACGCUAUUUAACUGCUCUUUAGGUUUUUGUUCAUAUAAAAUCCUAUUAAACCUUGAUAUAAUCUUGUUUCUUCCUUCUAUUGAGAGGAUAUUGUCGACAAUACUAUUAUCUAUCUUUUUGUUGCUUAAUAUAUUUUUUAUUUUAAUGUAUGUUAGAAAUUCUCUUUUUAUAAUCUUUUUCUAAUAUUUCAUUUAAAGUCUUAAUCUUAUUUACCUUUAAAAAGUCUCAUAGACAGUUAAACCAUUCUUUUCAUUUAGCAAUAUUUACACCAGUGAUAUAUCCCAAUAAAAUAUCUAUUGAUAUCUUGCCUGACAGAGUCUCCCCAAUGCCAUAUCUUUUUUUAAUUAUUAAAAAACCUAUAUUGUUCUAUAACUAUUUUGUUUAAAGAUUUAGUUUUUUAAAUGUUAAAUUAUCAAGCCAGAUCAACUAAUUUGGCUCAAAAUUUAUAUAAGAUUGUAUUUCGAUUCCUGCCUAGGAGGCUUGAUCUAUUUUUUUAUAUUUCCAAGCUAUAAAGUGUCGGAUCAUAAUGGCAUAAAGUAACAUAAAAACAUCUGGUAAUUAUGUUCCUCCAUCCUUUAAAUGUCGAGCUAGAUUUUUGUAUUAAGUUCUAGGUUUUUUUAUGUCCCCAUACAAAUUUCAAAAAUGUAUUAUUAUAUUCCCGAAGAAUCUUUCUGGGAACAGACAUGGGUGUUGAUCGCAUUAGAUAUUCAAGCUUACAAAUAAAAUAAUCGUUAAUUAUAGUUAUUCUACCCAGCAAUGAGAUAUACAUUGGUUUCCAUUUUGUUAGCAAUUUUGUUAAUUUCUUGAGGAACAAGGGAAUAAUUAUUUGUAAUGAUAUCAUUCCAAUCAAAUCCCAAACAAAUUCCCAGAUAUUUUAAUGUCUUAGAAUCCCAAUUAAAAUGAUAUUUUUCUUAAAGUCUGCACAAAUUUGAAUUAGAUAGAUUAGAAUAUAUUGCAUCUGAUUUACUUAGAUUAAUUUUAUAAUUUGAGAUCUUACUGUAGUCUAUUAUAUAUUUAAGCGUGGCGGGGAUUGAGACUUCUGGGUACGUGAGAGUGAGAAUUACAUCGUCCUUGUAUAAUGAGACUUUAUAUUGUUGUUUUACUUUUUUAAUUCCCUCUAUCUCCUUUGAUUGUCUAAUUGAUUGUCUAAUUAGUCUAAUUACUUUUCAUGUAAACAGAAUGUUUAGGAUAAGGUCAAGUAUGGAAUGUUACCGUGGGUCUUAUAGUAAGUCGUGUAUAAAAUAUGCAAGUACCUUGCCAUAGCUAAAAAAAAAUGUUUAUUUAAAUGUACACCUUGAUUUUCUAGGCCACAUAAAAAGUUGUGCGGUAGAUGGAUCCUACCAUAAAUGCUAAGUAAGAAUGAAAAAAUGCUUGAAAAAAGAUGUAAGCUUCAUAAGUAUAGCUGCCAACAUUACAACUUUGUUGCUGUUUCCAAGUAUAAACUAUAAAAAGAGUAUUAAAAAAAGAUUUGCGAGGCCUUUCCUCUUUCACCACCUCAUUGGCUGCGGGGUGGAGAGUACUAUUAAAGAACGACUGUCAUCUUGCAUUAAAAUGAAAUAUGUGAGAGAGAAAAUAGAAAAACACAUCCUUACUUUUAGUACGUAACAGGAUACUUCAGCAAUAUACAUGCACCUUGAGUCAGACAGUGUUUGAUAGCUGAUAGUUAGUCUCUAUGGUCUUCUCUGCUUCACUUCCUGCACAGAAACAGGAAGUAUCAUAAAGACUGUCACAUUGGCUGAAGGAUCAUGUCAAAAUACUAAAGAUAGGGAUGAAUUUUUUUAAAUUUAUUUUUUUACAUAUAGUCCAUGCUUAAAAAAACCGACAUUUCCAUUCAAUGCUUAAUGAACGGAUUAUUAUAUUAAAACAUAUAUUUUUGAGGCUCUACAUUAUCUGUGUAUAACUAUUACUUGUGUAUUAUAUUUUCAUUUUGUGACUUUUAUACUUCAUAUUAACAGUUCAUAUGCUCCAUCUUACACAAACAAUAUUCACAUUAGGUGAUUUUUUUUUUUUUUUAAUAUUCUUUACUACCUUUAAUCAACCUUGUUUUCCAAUAUGGGAUGAACUUAAAUAUUAGCCUCUAGACGUUUCAUUUGGAAUUUAAAUUAGUAGAAAUACCUUUCUCAAGGCAAAGGUACUUGAGAAUUUUUAUUUAGACAUGCAGGGGUGCUUCUCUCCGUAAAAGGUUGAGAAAUAUUGCUACAGAGCUCUCACCUUCCAGCAAGAACCCUUCCUAAUUGCCAUCCAGGCAAAGUUACGCCAGGUUCAUAAAUAGAAGCUUUAGUGUAACUUUGCUGCCAUGCCCAAAAAAAUAUAUAAAAGAAGCCCAUUUGGCUUUAGUAAACUGGAGAUCUGCCUUUUAUAUAUUGAAAGAUACUACACCGAUGAGUCUUGAUGCGACUCAAGGUUCCACGCAACUGAAUUCUAUCUGAAGAAACAUGGACAAUAUCUAGGCCUUUAUGUUAACCUAGCUAUCAUUUUUUAAAUCCAGAUGUAUUGUUAGUGACCAUGUUAUUAUAUUCCUUUAUAGCACGAACAUUCGGUCAUGUUUUUGUCCAUUUGUCGCCGUUCAUUUUACAUAACUCCAUUUAUUCAUAGAGCUGGAAGAAGCCCAGCAGAAGUGCCCACCAUGGUGGUAUAAGUGCUCUCACCGUUUUCUGAUCUGGAACUGUUGUGAGUUGUGGAUAAAGUUUAAAGGAUAUGUGCGAUUUGUGGUUAUGGAUCCAUUUGUAGACCUUGGGAUUACCAUCUGCAUUGUCCUCAACACGCUUUUCAUGGCCAUGGAGCAUUAUCCCAUCACUGACCAGUUUGCAGAAGUGCUGAACGUCGGAAACCUGGUGAGGCCAUAAAUGAGUUUGAAGAUGUUUUAAAACUCUCUGCAACUGUUACAAAUGAAGUCCGCAGAUUAAAACAAAAGAUAUUUUGUACCUAUGGCUUUGCUGCCAGAUACCAUUGAGUCAGAUAAUAAUAAUAAAAGGGUGGUUGCAAUGGAAGGACAAUAAAAGGGUAUAUAGUGUACUUUAAGACAGCUAAAACAAUGGUUUCACAUAGUAAAACGAAGCAAUACAAAGCAGAUAUUUUGGUUUUAUUUUUCCAAGUCUGACUAUUGCUGUUAUUUUUUUCCAAUGUAUUCCGUUUUUACUUACUGUUAUAAAAAUGGAGGGAAUUGUUUACAUUAUGGACUUCUGUUCCUGUUUGCAACAUCACAAUGUUAGAUGGAUUUCCUGUGCUGCUUUUUUCGCAGCCUAUGCUAUGUAUAACUUGAUUCAUGGCUGAGGUCAGCUUUCAGACAUAUUGCACAAAGAUAUUUAGUUGUUAGAAAAAGAGGGGAAUAUUUUGGCAGGGGAUGCUAAUUUGACAUUCUGGAGCAGGUGCAAAUUCUCUCCAGGAAGAGAAGCCCAAACAUUAAAACGAGGUCUCAAUUUAAACGAGUUGGAAAUAUAAAAAGAAAUAACAUUAAGAAACAUAUUGACAGGAUUAGAAUAAUGAUUAUGUUAUGUUCAAAUAAUAAGAUUUCGGAGCCAUGUUAAAAAAGAAGUUAGUACUCAUUUUACUAAUCACCUAGAAGUUCGUAUAGAAACACAUUAUGGGGAGCACGUUUCAUUUUUUCUUUGGAUUGUUAUACUAAAGAAGGGGUAGGCAACCUUUGGCCCUUCAAAUGUUGUGGACUACAUACAUACUUUGCUAGUUGACACCGUUUUAGUGUACAGAACUUGCACCUGCAGUUUACUACUCAAUUCUCUGCUAUUUAGGAGUUAAAUCACUUUUGUUUCUGUUUAUGCAGCCCUAGCCAAAUCUCCCUUGGCAGUAGCUCACAUGGCCUCCAUGAAAAAAUGUUUUCAUUUUCAAUCAGACCUGACAGCACAGUGUGUUUGCUUUAGAAUUUUUCUUAUCUCCUACUAGGUUUACCUCCUACUGCCGGCUCUAACGGGCAAUUAAUAGAGCAGGGGAUACUAGAUUCUUAAUUAAACACAAUGUGCAAUAAGUGAAGCUAAUAGUUUAGACUCAUUUUUAGGAAAUUUGUUUAGUUGGUUGUGUGAAUCUCACCCAGGAGAGGUGUGAAUAGGGCUGCAUAAACAAAGUAACAACUCCUAAAUGACAGAGAAUUAAGCUAUGAGACUGGAGGGGCAUGACCUGUACAACAAAACCAGCACAUCAUAAUUAGGCUCUGUACUCAAACUCCCACUACUCUUAGACGGCACUAAUGGCUAUGACUUUACAUAUCAUGACAUAUACAGUUUAUGGUAAUAUCAGUAAACUACGUGUGAUUCUCAGGAAAUCUAAUCUCCCUGCAGGUCUUCACUGGCAUUUUCGCUGCUGAGAUGUUCUUUAAGAUCAUUGCUCUGGACCCAUAUUACUAUUUCCAAGUUGGGUGGAACAUAUUUGACAGCAUUAUUGUCACCUUGAGCUUGGUGGAGCUGGGUCUUGCAAACGUGGAGGGACUAUCUGUCCUACGAUCAUUCCGUCUGGUAGGUACUGCCCUAAUAGGGUGAAUUUUCUGUGCAUGUACCAACUUGUGGAUUCAUGUAGAGAGGUUAUUUUGGUCUCAUAUGCCGAUUUAGAUAAGCAUGAAGAUUUAAACAAUAUAUUACCUUCCACUCUCUGAAAGAAGCCUGCUUAUGUGCUAAAAUGCACAGGAAACAACAAUCAAUGCAACAUGCCUUGAUAGCAAGUGGCUGCAUGGACUUAGAGCCAGGACUUAGGCCUCUUCUCUCUUCUCAGGACUGUGGUAUUCAGGCAGACUUUAUACAGCCAGGAUAUCCAUUAGCUGCACUCUUUUGUAAAAUGCAUCAUUGGAGGUGUAAACUUACCUAAAUGCUCACUACAAACCUCCUAUAUGUGACCUAUUUGUUAGAAGGAAGCCCAAUAUAAGCUACUGGAAGAACAGAAACCCAGGUACUUAUACUAGUCUUUAAAGGACCACUAUAGGCACCCAGAUUACUUCAGCCCAAUGAAGUGGUCUGGGGGUCUGAACAACUGACAGCCUAAACUGUUUAAACUAUAGGAUUCCAUUGCACCCCAUAUGCCAUUCAUCAUCACUAUUGGAGGAAGAUUAAAAACUUCCACAUCCUUGUAACCUUUACCGUUAUACCACUGCUAUUGUCAUGGGUCCCAAGUGGUUACUUAAAGGACCACUCUAGGCACCCAGACCACUUCAGCUUAAUGAAGUGGUCUGGGUGCCAGGUCCAGCUAGGGUUAACCCAUUUUUUCAGAGAAACUGCUAUGUUUGUGAAUGGGUUAAGCCUUCCCCUAUUUCCUCUAGUGGCUGUCUCAUCGACAUCCACUAGAGGUGCUUGCGUACUUCUCACUGUGAUUUUCACAGUGAGAGCACGCCAGCGUCCAUGGGAAAGCAAUAUGAAUGCUUUCCUAUGUGACCGGCUGAAUGCGCGCGCAGCUCUUGCCGCGCGUGCGCAUUCAGCCGAAGGGGAGGGAAGAGGAGGAUCGGAGGAGGAGAGCUCUCCACCCAGCGCUGGAAAAAGGUAAGUUUAACCCCUUUUCCCCUUUCCAGAGCCGGGUGGGAGUGGGACCCUGAGGGUGGGGGCACCCUCAGGGCACUAUAGUGCCAGGAAAACCAGUAUGUUUUCCUGGCACUAUAGUGGUCCUUUAAUGACUAAUCAGAUUUUGCUCUGAUUUCUUUUUAAAUAUAAACAAUCAUGUAAUUUUUUAAAUAUGUAUCUAAUGUUAUAUUUGUUCUUUCCUAGCUUAGAGUGUUCAAACUUGCAAAAUCUUGGCCAACAUUGAACAUGCUCAUCAAAAUCAUUGGUAACUCGGUAGGAGCCCUUGGGAACCUCACUUUGGUGUUGGCCAUCAUUGUCUUCAUCUUUGCAGUGGUGGGAAUGCAACUGUUUGGGAAGAGCUACAAAGAAUGUGUGUGCAAGAUCUCCUCGGACUGUGUGCUUCCUCGAUGGCACAUGCAUGACUUCUUUCAUUCCUUCCUCAUCGUAUUCCGCAUCCUUUGCGGAGAGUGGAUUGAGACUAUGUGGGACUGUAUGGAAGUAGCAGGUCAAGCUAUGUGCUUAAUUGUAUUCAUGAUGGUCAUGGUCAUCGGGAAUUUG